CUUUUAGAUUUGCAAUACCGUUGUUUUCUGCAUGUACCGUCUCUUUGUUUUUUCCAGUUGCGCGAUUUUCUCCUGGUCUACAACAAGAUGACAGACAUCUGCUUCAGCCGCUGUGCGAGCAACUUGAAUUACAGGACUCUCACCAUGGAUGAGGAGAGCUGCCUGGAUAGCUGUGCCGGGAAGCUCAUUCGUUCCAAUCAUCGUCUGAUGGGCGCCUAUGUGAAGCUAAUGCCGACCAUCGUGCAGCGUAGAAUGGCUGAGUACGAGAAAAAGGCAGGAGAACUGCCACAGGCUGCAGAGGGUACCCCGCUGCCCGACUCGAAUACCCCACUCCCCAUCCAGAGUAACCUCCAGCCUGCAGACGCAAACCAACAGGCUCCUAUCACACCUCCAUCGGAAGAUGUCCUAGUGACUGCACCCCCUGGGAGCUGAAAACGGGCAUGACUGUUCUGCACAACAGCCCAGGACAACUGGCUUCUGCAGGUCAUGCGCGGUCCUGACGAAGUGACCACCAUGUAAUGUCUCGCAAGCUUUUUGUGUGAUACCGCGGUAUGGAAAUUAUUAUCGAUAUCGAACAAUAUCGAUGUCAUAUCAAAAUAUCGCUGCUGGUGGGAGUUGUGUCCAUGGUGCAAUAGUGUAAUCCUAUCUCCGACUUUAUCUUGGCUACAGCAAAAAACACAGGUUUAUAGAGUUUACUAAAGGGAAUAAAAAGGUCACUGUUACCAGAUUAACUGUUUAAGUCAUGUCACUGGAAAUAAAACAAAUGUUAAUGAGGUAAUAAAUGCAUUGCAGACCUUUUUAAAUAAAACUGUUGAAC